ACCUACAGAAUUUUAUUUUCUGUAAAUUUCAGUUUGAUGUCGAUGUGUUUAUAGGACAGUGAGGUCAUGUACAGUGGAAGGCUGUCAUUGGUGGGCGAUCUGCUUCAGGGCCUGUUUAAAGAGGCCUAUUCCUUGCAGAAGGGCUUGAUGGAACUGUUGGACAAAAUUAACUUGGAGGACACUGCUUCUGAAGAGGAAGUGUCGGAUAUUGUCAGAGUGAUUCACAGUCUGCUGGACAUAUGCUCAGUCAUAUCCAGAUUGGACAUUGCGCUACAUGUUAACACAUGGAAAUUUAUCAUAAAACAGAGUGUGAAAUACCAGUCUCUUGUAGAAGAUCGGUUUUUGCCACACUGACAUAACCUUCUCGUUGUGUGAAGACCUAUAUACAUCUGUCCAAAACUGUCUUGAGCUGGCUCAACAGAUCCAACAGGCAGGCCUACAGGAAGUUGUGCACUGUCCAGAAUACAAGCUUUUCCAAAAAGCAACAAAGAUGUGUAGGUUUUUUGCCAACACAUUAGUCCACUACACAAAGGAAUUUAAAGCAUUUCUUGCCAAGUCAUGCUGUCGAUUUCACCGGUUGUAUCUCCAAAUCCGCAGCAAGUUCCCUCCCUCUGUGUGUGCCCCGUCUGUGCCCUCUGCCCUCAGUGAGGAGUUGAGAGUGGCGGUUCUGGUUCCCAUGGAUGCCAUGCUGACACAGCUGCUCUCCUUCCGACCCUUUGCAGAAUCUGUCCUGGACCCAGAUCACCGAGCGGUCACUAUUAGCCACCGUAUUGCAGGCAGAAACGCAGACGGCUGUCUUGGCCACAGAUGUCUGGUGCUUCCUGGCACGGUAGGGCACGGCCGAGUUGUGUUUUCAUCAUGUUCUCCUUCUUGCUCACCUGGGAAUGCGACCUUUUUGUGCUCUUGUGGUAUUCUGGAAACCUGUCUGGAAUGAGGGACCACAGGGGACCCUUUUUCUCUCUUACACCCUGACUGAGCUGACAAUUGGUGUCAAAAUAAGCAUGGGGAAGAACACACCUGUCUAUCACAACAGUCUUGUGCUAUUUUUCUUGUGUGCUUGGUAUUCUUGUAAAUGUUGUUAAUUAUUACAAGUGUUAGUGAACAACUUAUUCUAUGGGUUCUAUAUACAGUAUGUGUAUGGAUAAACA